UAUUGUCAAAAUAACUUAACCUUAAUCAGGAUGAUGCAUUAUUUUUGUUUUUAACUCUUAGUCAAAUGCAGUUGUUGAAAAUGUCACAAGAAAGUAGUUCAGAAAAACUUCCUCACGAGACAGUGAUAUCAGAUUUGACCAAAGAUUUACAAUCCCAAUUGACCGUAGGUUCUACUAGUGAUGACCAUAAACACGAAAGUACACAAAGCAGUUCUGCUGAACUCGGUGAAAAUGAGAAAAACUUUAACGUACCAGAAGAUUUCGAGCGAGAAGAACAAGCCGAACAAGGCUUUGAUGAUUACGUAGACGAAGUGCAACUAAAAGAUUUAGAAGCCGGUUUAGAAGAGCAGGAAUUAGAGUUACGAUAUAAAGAAGCAUUAGAAUUAAAAGCAGCAGGAAAUGAUGAAUUUAAAAAUACAAAAUACAUGGAAUCAAUCACAACAUAUACAAAAGCUUUACGACUAUGCCCGUUAAAGUAUAACAACGAUCGAUCUAUUUUAUACGCAAAUAGGGCUGCUUCUAAAGCUAAAUUGGAUAGGAAGAAGACUGCUAUAGAUGAUUGUUCCCAAGCUAUCGAAUUAAAUGAUAAGUAUGUGAAAGCAUAUCUUAGGAGAGCUAAACUGUACGAGGAAACUGAAAAGUUAGACGAGAGCUUAGAGGAUUACAGAAAAAUACUAACGUUCGAUGUCAGCAAUGCUGAAGCAUUAAAGGCUGUCUAUAGACUACCACCGUUGAUCGAAGAAAGAAAUGAAAAGCUGAAAACAGAAAUGUUAGGCAAGUUGAAAGAUUUGGGAAACAUGAUAUUGAAACCGUUUGGGCUUUCUACGGAGAAUUUUCAGUUAAAUCAGGACCCCAACAGUGGAGGAUACUCCAUAAAUUUUGCACAAAAUUCAAAGUAAUCACAAUAUUUUAAUAUAUUUCUCAUUAAACGUAAAUUAUACAUAUAUACCACUAAUGUACUUCAUGAUAACUGUUCUAUUUAUGAAAAUAAGGGCAAAAUAAAGUUCUAUUCACAAA